CUCCUGGCCACAGCUUGAGCUGGUAGGACGAUGGAGGCUGGGCCGCCUCCUGGACCCCCGCCCUCCCUGCCCUGCCUUCCAAGGCCCAGCAGCCUCAGUCCGCUGCUGGGCCUGGAACAACGGAGCAGUGGCUGCCCUGUGAGGAGGUCCUAGAGCAGCUCCAGCAGGAUGGCGGCUCCAGCAUCUCUAAGGCCUGCAGGGGGUCCAGCCCCAGGGGGGGCGCCCUAGGCCUCCGACAGCUCCCCAUCUGUGCUCCUGCCUGCCGGCCAUCCUCAGGCCACUCGCCAUGGGCGGCUGCUUCUCCAAGCCCAAACCAGUGGAGCUCAAGAUCGAGGUGGUGCUGCCUGAGAAGGAGCGAGGCAAGGAGGAGCUGUCGGCCAGUGGGAAGGGCAGCCCCAGGGCCUACCAGGGCAAUGGCACCGCCCGCCACUUCCACACGGAGGAGCGCCUGCCCACCCCUCACCCCUACCCCAGCCCUCAGGACUGCGUGGAGGCUGCUGUGUGCCACGUCAAGGACCUCGAGAAUGGCCAGAUGCGGGAAGUGGAGCUGGGCUGGGGGAAGGUGUUGCUGGUGAAGGACAAUGGAGAGUUCCACGCCCUGGGCCACAAGUGUCCACACUACGGAGCACCCCUGGUGAAAGGAGUUCUGUCCCGUGGUCGGGUGCGCUGCCCCUGGCAUGGCGCCUGCUUCAACAUCAGCACUGGGGACCUGGAGGACUUCCCCGGCCUGGACAGUCUGCACAAGUUCCAGGUGAAGAUUGAGAAGGAGAAGGUGUACGUCCGGGCCAGCAAGCAGGCCCUGCAGCUGCAGCGAAGGACCAAGGUGAUGGCCAAGUGUAUCUCUCCAAGUGCUGGGUACAGUGGUAGCACCAAUGUGCUCAUUGUGGGUGCAGGUGCAGCUGGCCUGGUGUGUGCAGAGACGCUGCGGCAGGAGGGCUUCUCCGACCGGAUCGUCCUGUGCACGCUAGACCGGCAUCUUCCCUAUGACCGUCCCAAGCUCAGCAAGUCACUGGACACACAGCCUGAGCAGCUGGCCCUGAGGCCCAAGGAGUUUUUCCGAGCCUAUGGCAUCGAGGUGCUCACCGAGGCUCAGGUGGUCACAGUGGACGUGAGAAACAAGAAGGUCAUGUUCAAGGAUGGUUUCAAGCUGGAGUAUAGCAAGCUACUGCUGGCACCAGGGAGCAGCCCCAAGACUCUGAGCUGCAAAGGCAAAGAGGUGGAGAACGUGUUCACCAUCCGGACUCCAGAGGAUGCCAAUCGCGUGGUGAGGCUGGCCCGAGGUCGCAAUGUGGUUGUCGUAGGAGCCGGCUUCCUGGGGAUGGAGGUGGCUGCUUACCUGACGGAGAAGGCCCACUCUGUGUCUGUGGUGGAGCUGGAGGAGACGCCCUUCCGGAGGUUCCUCGGGGAGCGCGUAGGUCGUGCCCUCAUGAAGAUGUUUGAGAACAACCGGGUGAAGUUCUACAUGCAGACGGAGGUGUCGGAGCUGCGGGCCCAGGAGGGAAAGCUGAAGGAGGUUGUGUUGAAGAGCAGCAAGGUCGUGCGGGCUGACGUCUGCGUGGUGGGCAUUGGUGCGGUGCCCGCCACCGGCUUCCUGAGGCAGAGCGGCAUCGGUCUGGAUUCCCGAGGCUUCAUCCCUGUCAACAAGAUGAUGCAGACCAAUGUCCCAGGCGUGUUCGCAGCUGGUGAUGCCGUCACCUUCCCCCUUGCCUGGAGGAACAAUCGGAAAGUGAACAUUCCACACUGGCAGAUGGCUCAUGCUCAGGGGCGCGUGGCAGCCCAGAACAUGCUGGCACAGGAGGCGGAGAUCAGCACCGUGCCCUACCUCUGGACCGCCAUGUUCGGCAAGAGUCUGCGCUACACGGGCUAUGGAGAAGGCUUCGACGACGUCAUCAUCCAGGGAGAUCUGGAGGAGCUGAAGUUUGUGGCUUUUUACACUAAAAGCGACGAGGUGAUCGCCGUGGCCAGCAUGAACUACGAUCCUAUCGUGUCUAAGGUUGCUGAGGUGCUGGCCUCAGGCCGUGCCAUCCGGAAGCGGGAAGUGGAGCUGUUUGUGCUGCACAGCAAGUACGUGUCCUUCAUGUUGACCGUUCUGAGCCUUUUCCAUCUCAGCCCAGACCCUCCACCCAAUGGUCUAUCUCCAUCUAUCCAAGUACACCUCCCUGCUGGGCACCAGAGUCUGGCACAGAACAGACCCCCUGCUGUCCUCAAGGGCCAGCUGCUCUGGGUGCCCAGAGUGGAGAGGCUUUUUUUCUGUCCUGACCCCUCUUCCCCUCAUUCUUGCAGGACUGGCGACAUGUCUUGGCUUACGGGGAAAGGAUCCUGAGCUCACAUGCAGUAGACUUGGGCAGGCACGGGGUGGGGUGCGGGGGCACCAGGGGCAGAGGCCAAGCCUUGGGGGCAGGUGCCAAUCUCCAGUCCCAGGAUCCCCCAGGUCAGAACCUGAGCCCUCCCAGUGCUGGCCUUCAGCCACCUGACUCCCCUCCAGGGAGGCCUCUGCAGCCUCCAGAAGAUGCUCAACCCUCAAGGCCUCUGCUGCCACUGACAGCUGGCACUAGAGGCAGGACAGGCCCUGUCUCUUCUCCUUCUGUUGGGACUGGUCCCCUGAAGGACCCAACAACAUGUUAGACAUAACUGUAAAAUUAAAACGCACACAUUUGCAGA